CAAACAAUCAUUUCAUUUUAGCAGCUUUUACCCAAAAUCAUCAUCUGCCAAAUAAUUAUUUGACUUUGUCAAAAAACAAUCAUCAACCAUCAAUCAUGCAAUUCUCAGCUUUUAUCAUCAUUGUUUUAGCCAUUAUUGGUAACGUUUUGGGUCAAUCAAGCUCAUUGUUUAAUCUACCGAAACUAUCUGAAAUACCAUCAUUUAAAAAUCAUUUUAAUCCAUCCAUUCAAUCAAGUUUGGCUAAUAUUGAUGGUUGUAUGCCUGUUCCAUUACCAAAUCCAUUAAAUUUGGAUAUAAGUGUUUGUGGAAAUGCUGCUACAUUCUUAUCCAAUGGUUGUAUACGUAUUAAUCGAUUACCAUAUGGUUAUUCAUUAUCAAUUUGUGCUGCCAAUACAAAUGGACGACCACAAUCACAACAACAAAAACCAUUACCAUCCAAUUGUAUUCCAUUCACUAUUCCAAUGGGUUAUAAAGCAAUUCUUUGUUCACCAUGAUUCAUUAUUAACCCCACAGGAAAAAAAAUGGUUUAUUUUUCAUUAUUUUGCAGCCAAAACCAAAAAAAAAACUUUUGUAAUCAUCAUUUGACUUUUUAUGUAAUCCACAAAAAUAUCAAUUUUCUAAUGUAAAAUUUUUGAUCAAAAAAUACAAUUUUUUUUAGCAUUUUUCAAUAAUAAAGAUUUUUUAAAACAAAA